AUGGCGAUGAAAUCGCUUGGAGUAGUUACCAAAGGAGUAUUUGGUCGAGUUCCCAAACCGGCGGUGACAGGCGCUGCGCUUCAGCAAAAACGUACGAAUUACAAAUACGUUGGUAUGGUUGCGGAAACUGAUGGAACAUUUGCCGGUGACCUUAACUAUGGGCUUCAUACCCUGUUCUUUACUGAAAUGUUUCGAGGUUUUGGCGUCAUGCUUGGGCACUUUUUCAUGGAACCUGCCACAAUAAACUACCCGUUUGAAAAAGGCCCUCUCAGCUCCCGGUUCAGUACAUUCUACUGUUCCAUGGGGGAGCAUGCUCUUCGGCGCUACCCUUCGGGUGAAGAGCGCUGCAUCGCCUGUAAAUUGUGUGAGGCCAUUUGCCCUGCACAGGCGAUAACGAUUGAGGCGGAAACACGUCCGGAUGGCAGUCGACGUGCCACUCGAUAUGAUCUCGACACGAAUAAGAAUAUGAACUGGACAGGACCAGACCAUCUGCCGUUUCUUGAUGGGUCAGGCCCAUGCCCUCCUGACGGUGCAUCUUCUGUGGAUUAUGCCAAGGAAGCAUGUCCUGUCGACGCCAUCGUUGAGGGACCAAAUUUCGAGUACUCAACAGAGACACAUGAAGAACUGAUCUAUAACAAGGAAAAACUGCUCACAAAUGGUGACCGCUGGGAACCUGAGUUGGCAGCCAAUAUACAAGCAGAGUAUCUAUACCGAUGA